UUCAUUACAAUUAAAAUUACAUAAAAAAUUAUGUAUAUUUUUAUUAAUUUGCAAACUUUGAGAUAUACGACAAACAAAAUUCCAAUAUUAUUAUUUCGUAAUAAAACUAAUAAGGCAUGUGCUUCAAACGAAUUAACAGAUCUGGUAGAUCCAAACAUGCCAAUUUCGAUUGAAAAUCCAUAUAAAAAGAAACAGCAAUUAUGUAUUUUAUGUAAAUUAAACAUUGAACCUGAUUAUAAAAAUGUACGUUUAUUAUCUCAAUUUCAAAGUCGUUAUACAGGUAGAAUUUAUGAAAAACAUAUAACUGGAUUGUGCGAAUAUAAACAGAAGAAAAUAGAACAAGAAAUAAUAAAAGCACAACAUGCUGGUUUAAUGGGUUAUAUGACUAAGGACCCUAAAUUUUAUAAUGAUCCAAUGUUAUUUGAUCCUAAUUUUCCAUUUAAACCACAUAAGUAUUAAAUGUAAAAUAUAUGUUAAAUAUAUAUGUAUUAUAAAAACAAGUAAAGUAUAUAUUAUAUAUGAUGUUUUCUCUGAUAUUUAUUCAAUUAAUAAAAUGUAUCCUCAUCAAUAGAAAAACAAACUAUAUUAGGAUUAAUAUUAAAUGAAGAUAAAAUUUCAGAUAAUUUUAUUGGUUGGUUAUCAUUUUUUUCUUGUAAAUAUUUUUG